CAGUGGCUAAGUCGUGGUUGGUGCGAGGAAUGCAGGAUUGUUAAACUGCUAUAGGAAGCGGAGGAGCAUCAUGUACAAACAUCCCAUCAGGGAGAUGCGGUCAGGAAAAUUCUUGGUCGUUUUAUGUUUCAGUGGUAAUGUGUGCGUUACAUAACUCGUAAAAAGACCCGACGUAAUGAUUUUUUUUUUCUUGCUUUUCUUGCGGUUUGUAAGGAAAAUGAUAAAACAUGUAUAUCAUGGAAAAUUCAACCCCUAAUGUAUAUCAUGAUGGUAAACGGUCCAGCGUUCAACAUUUGUUUAAAAUCUGGCAGAGUUUCAAGAUCAGAGAGGAUUUUCUUACACAAGAAUCUUCUCGUUUCACUGGCUCUUGGACAAGUGGUUUAUAUAGUUGACAUCAAGAUCCUCACAUUGAUGAAAAAGCACCAAAUCAUGUGCUCCAUCUAUGCCGUCAUCCAGCACUAUCUGCACACUUCUCUUUACACAUGGAUGUUGGUUGAAGGAAUAAACCUUUAUUUGAAGAUGGUAUCCCAGGAGUGAUUGUUGGUUUGGUGGCAGCAAUCCAGCCGUCAACUUACGACAUGGGUAAAGUUCUGUACAAA